GGUCGGCGCCAGCGCAGAGGUAUGUCCCUCGCUUCAAGCGGGACGCGAACGCCGUGCCAAGUUUCAAGCUAUACACACAAAAAGAAAUUGUAAACGCAAUCCCUGGACAGGGAACACACACGUUCACCAGGGCGUUUAUACCCGAGGCAGACGCGACUCCCGCCGCGGAUCUGCCGUCAAUGUCUCCAGGCGACAGCGCCGUCGAGGCUGAUGACAACACUGCAGACCAUGAACACCCGCAGCGGGCCCUGAGAGACGAGUUCUGCCGGAUCAUGGUGCACGACAAGGCGCAUCUGGCUCCCCCAAAAGAGCUGUGGACGCGCCACAACAUCACACAACUCGACAUGAACGUUGGACGACCCGUGCCUCUCUUCCAGGAGAGCGCAGCGCGAAGGCAUGCAUUCGAGUUCCUGGGGUGGUAUCGCAUCGUGCGCUGGGAACUAUGCAAGGGCGGGAGCAAGGAGGUGCGGGCGUUCGUGGCGAAGAGGAAGGUGUCGCAGGUCGAUAAGCCGUGGGAAUACUGGACGGGGGUGCUUGGGCACGAUUGGGCAAGAGUAGAGUUGGAGAAGGUGAAUGAUUCGUCGCUGUGCAAUCCUAUGGAGGGCCGCAGUCAGAACAGAUGAUUCGGAUGGUUUGAAAUAUCUGCAGAGCUCUGGAAUCGACUUACUUCAUCAGUCCUGCAUGUAUGUCGUUCAAAAUGAGUCAUGCAUACAUGUUGUC